AUGAAAAUGCUACCUGGGAUACUUGCAGCUAUAAUUCAAUGCUUUGAUUGGAAAGUUGUUGGGACACAUUGCAAGAAGAUGCAUAAUGAGAAUAACGUUCUUGAAAUGGAUGAAAAACCGGCAUUCACGACUCUGAGGAAAUAUGAUCUAGCCUUUCUCUCUCUCUCUCUCAAACUCGAGCCUCAGUUCGAAGAAUCGAAUCCCUCGACCCAUUCGAUUUCAUUUCACAUCAAAGCGAUUCGAUUCACAUCAGUCGAUCAAUUGUUGCAGUACUGCUGUUUAUUUGGAUCAUUGCAAACUGAGAUUGACAAGGCUAUCAUUGCAGAAGACCCUAUUUUGAAAUGUAUCACACUUUGGAGGAACUUGAGAGGGAAAAUGCUUUUAAUCAAGGAAUAGAGUCAUCAUUGACCAGUCUCAGCUCUACACAAGCUGAUGCAUAGCAGGCAGUAGCCAACAUCGU